AUGGAUGCGUAUGGUGUUACAUCAGUAAAAGUUUCCGGCAUAGCUCUGUUGAAAAUUAUCAAGCACUGCGAGGGCGAAACUCUCCUGGCUAAUGAGCAUGUCACUGGCAUGCUUUUUGGACUUGUUGUUGGUAAUACGCUUGAAAUAACUAACUGUUGUCCUCUACCGAAAAUUCCCGAGGAUGAUCAAAAUAUGGAAGCAAUUGCUGACUACGAAGCUUUUAUGAUCAAAAGCAUGCGAGAUAUUAAUCAUGAUUAUCUUGCGGUCGGAUAUUAUCAAGGUGGCUACGGUUGCUCGUUCAUGAGUCGUAGUCUCCUCGAAACGCUUUUUGAUUACCAAAUGCUGGUUCCAGAAAGUGUUUUGCUGUUUUACGAUCCUUCCUGCGCUACUCGUGGGCAAAAAGGCUUAAAGUCAUAUAGGCUAUCUAAACUUAUAUUGAAUUCGAUGCUUGAAACUGAAAAGAAAGUUCGACUUUCCAGCAGUUUAAAGAAUACUGAAAUAACAUGGGAAUGCGAUCCCUCCCUUCAUACCUCAAAAACUAGCUUCACCGAUUUAUUGGAAGAGCUUCCCGUUGUGGUGGUAAACUCGAAACUGUCUAGCAUUGUUCUCAAAGACAUCGUUGACAGGUCAAAUGAUCAGACAAAAUCUGUAAAUAGUUUUGCCGGCCUGCACUUAAGUAAGAAUAGUGAUUUGGAGCAACUAAUGAAACCUCUUCUUCAACGUCUUGACAAUAUAUACGAACUCCAGUUCUCCUACCAAAGAACUCUUGGAAAGUUGGGUGCUAGCGGUGGGCAAUCGAAGGAACAAAAGAUUAAGGAAUUAGCUCCUAUUCGCCUCGAAACGGCCUUGGCUUGUUGCCAAACCGAUCUCUACUCCUCAAGUAUAGCCCAACUGGCUGGACAAACUGUAGGCAAACUUAUGCUGACCGAAGCCAUUCACAAGUACAGAAAAGAGCCAACUAACGACUCUGAGUAA